GGGGCGUGACAUUGGCCUUAACGUAUUAAUUUUCGCAUUUAAUAUAUUAAGGAAUUAAAUUCCCCGCGUCUUUUGAUAUUUGACAGCACCACACCUGCUUUGAAAACAUUGAUUUGCCUCUUGUCGCGUUCGCUCGCACAACUGUCAAGUGUUUGUGUUUUGAUUUAGUUUUGAGAAAUAAAAGUUUCGCUGAGUUUUUACGGAAAACAUGCAGUUUGAUUGGAGGUCGCUGCUACAUUUCUUUGACUUCUACACGUGGUUGCAGCUGGAUCUGAGCGUGUGAAUGAUGCCGAGCAUGCUGGAAAAGCCGGGCCGCAGAGGAUAAGAGGGAUGGUACGAACUGAAUAUGAACAAUUAGUAGGCGCAGCAUUUGAUGCUUCCGCCACCGGAGGGUCCCAAGCAGUUGCAGACAACUUUUCUUCACCGUUGAACAUGGUUUCCCCGUUGCCGCCAUUCCACCUGCUCCUGGAGAAUGUUCCGUCUCCAAUUCCAAUGAAUGUGCUGCCGCCGAACUUCCCAGGUAGUGAGACCUACACGAAUUCUUACCAGCGACUGGUUCAGGAGAUUCAGCAAAAGGAUCCGGUGCUGAAUCAGCACCAUUAUCACCAACGGCAGCAGCAGGGUCAGAAUCGCAAUCAGCAGCCAGAUCAGCAGCAGCACAAAAACCGCAAAAUUGCCAACAGAUGCAGCACUAACGUGGCAAGCUGAAUCGCGCCGGGGAGUACGACGUGUACGCGAAUCUGAGAGCGAACGGAACAAGCAGUGGAUGCAGC